CUGAAGAUGGCGGAGCAGCGCGAGCGGCGCAGGAUGCGCUCACGAGACAUCAAAGUUCUUUCUGUGGCGUUCAGUUGAUUCGGAUUUUCACGACCGCUCUCAUAGUGGCCAUUUAAAAAGGAUGGACAAGGAGGUUCUGUUAGAAAAUGUUUCUUUCAUGCCUUGAUUGUUCAAGCAGAUACAUGAAGUGGCAGAAGGUUUUAAGCCAAAGCAACAACACCCUAAAGAACAAACAAAUGAGCUGUCUUUUCACAUGAUGCCUUCAGCUACUUAUGCAUAGGGUUGAUAUAUGGACGAGAGGAGUACCAUACAAAGAGAGAGACAACGGAGCGGCGAUUCCGUCGCAGGCUAUGGGGGCCAUGGUGACCUAGAGUCAAUAGUCGUUUCCUGGCAGGACAACUUGAUUCCAGUUUAAUCCCUGCUUGCUCUCUUUGUCUUCUACCUCCCUACCAGAGUGAGGCGCCACCCUCUCUCUGUUCCUGCCACCCACUUGGCCAAGACAGCUAUGGCUGGAGUGAGGAAGUUGGCACGAGUAGUCAGGCACCAGGGUCUCCACCGCCUGAUCUUUGCACUCAUCCUCUUCUGUCUACUCUCCAUGGCCUACUUGGCUUAUCACGUCAGUGCUGGACCCAAGAUCAAGGAGGCCCCUGUGCCAUUACCACUGGGGGACUGUGUAGCUACAUCAGUAGUUGGUGGCGGACAAAGGACUCCACUGUUCCUGCCAUCACAGGUCAGCCAACGGCGACACUCGGCGAGGACAGCAGACACCUCUAGGACGGAGCCUGUGGUGUUACUCUUUGUAGAAAGUAUCUACUCCCAACUUGGACAAGAGAUCGUAGCCAUUUUAGAGUCAAGCCGCUUUCAUUACCGCACUGAAAUUGCACCGGGGAAGGGGGACAUGCCUCCUUUGGCUUGGCGAGGUCGUGGCCGAUACACCCUCAUCGUCUAUGAGAAUCUGCUCAAGUACGUCAACUUGGACUCAUGGAACCGCCAGUUACUGGAUAAAUACUGCCAAGACUAUGGAGUGGGAAUCAUUGGCUUCUAUCGGGCAAAUGAAAACUCCCCAUCCAGCGCUCAGCUUAGAGGCUUCCCUCUCUUCUUGCGUUCAAACCUGCCACUUUGGGAUUACAAAGUCAACCCUGCUGCACCCCUGCUCUACAUCACCAAACCUAAUGAGCUGGAACCUGGCCCUUUACCUGCGGACAACUGGACCAUCUUCCUGUCCAACCACAGCACUUAUGAGCCUGUGCUGUUAGCUAGCCCCAGACCAGCAGAACCCAAUCAGCUCCCAACACACUCACACCAACAGAGAGCACUGCUGGCUACAGUUAUGCAGGACCUAGGUCUUCACGAUGGGAUCCAGCGGGUGUUCUUUGGAGGUAGCUUGUCUUUUUGGCUGCACAAGCUGCUGUUCGUGGAUGCUGUGGGUUAUUUAACUGGCAGAAGGCUCAGCCUCUCAUUGGACAGAUUUUUGCUUGUGGAUGUGGAUGACAUCUUUGUUGGGAAGGAAGGGACACGCAUGAAAGUGGCAGAUGUUGAGGCGCUGCUUCACACACAAAAUAAACUCCGUUCUCUGGUACCUAAUUUCACCUUCAACCUGGGAUUCUCUGGCAAGUUUUUUCAUACAGGUACAGAUGAGGAAGAUGAGGGUGAUGACACCCUGCUUCGACACCGGCAGGAGUUCUGGUGGUUCCCGCAUAUGUGGAGUCACAUGCAGCCUCAUCUCUUCCACAACGUCAGCGUACUCGCAGAACAGAUGAGACUUAAUAGACAGUUUGCACAGGAGCAUGGGAUCCCCACAGACAUGGGUUACGCUGUAGCCCCCCAUCACUCAGGUGUGUACCCUGUACACAGUCAGCUUUAUGAGGCCUGGAAGAGCGUAUGGGUCAUCAAGGUGACCAGCACAGAAGAGUAUCCUCAUCUCAGGCCUGCCCGCUACCGCAGAGGCUUCAUACACAACGGCAUACAGGUUCUCCCCCGGCAAACCUGUGGGCUUUUCACACAUACCAUCUUCUACAAAGAUUAUCCAGGAGGCCCUCAGGAGCUGGACAAGAGCAUUCGUGGAGGAGAGCUGUUUCUUACAGUGUUGCUCAAUCCGGUUAGUAUAUUCAUGACUCACCUGUCAAACUAUGGCAACGACCGGCUGGGCCUGUACACCUUUGAGUCACUGGUGAGGUUUGUGCAGUGCUGGACUCACCUGCGCCUGCAGACACUGCCUCCCGUCCGCCUCGCUCAGAAAUACUUCCAGAUUUUCCCUGAUGAGAGAGACCCCUUGUGGCAGAACCCGUGUCAUGACAAGAGACACAAAGACAUCUGGUCCAAAGAGAAGACCUGUGACAGACUGCCCAAGUUUCUAGUGAUUGGCCCUCAGAAGACCGGAACCACCGCGCUUCACUCUUUUCUUGGCCUUCAUCCUGCCAUUACCAGCAGCUUCCCCAGCCCCAUCACCUUUGAGGAGGUGCAGUUCUUCAGCGGACCAAACUACCAGCGUGGCAUUGACUGGUAACCAUGGAAACCCCAUCCAUAUCUCAUUUUCUUUGUUUCCAAAUCAAAUACCAAUUUUUGUAAAGCCUCACUCGCAUCACACUGACACAAUUUUU